AUGGGGAUCUGCUGCAGCAGGGAAGGAGGGGGGAGGGAGCUCGAGGAGACGGAGGGGUGGUUCCCGUGGAAGCACGACGACUUCUUGCAGGAGCAGCUCGCCGGCGCCGCUGGGGUGUCCAUGCACACCAAGCAAGGCUGGAAGGGCGUCAACCAGGACGCCAUGGCCGCCUGCCAGGACUUCGCCGGGCACAAGGGCCAGAUCUUCUGCGGGGUGUUCGACGGGCACGGGCCCCUCGGCCGGGACGUCGCCCGGCAUGUCCGGGACUCCCUUCCCAAGAAGCUGUCCGCCUCCCUGGCACCGAGCACUGAGGACGACGCCCCCUCCAGCAACAGCAACGCGGACGUGGACUCGUUCGACAAGUCGGAUUGCACCUCGUCCAGCGACGCCAGCGACGAGAACCAGCUGCUGUCCUCGUGGAAGAGCUUGAUCGUGAAGGCGUUCGAGGACGUCGACGAGGAGCUGAGGCAGCACUCCGGGAUCGACUGCCUUUGCAGUGGCACCACUGCUGUCACCGUCGUUAGGCAGGGUGAUCACUUGAUCAUUGCCAAUUUAGGCGAUUCGCGCGCUGUUCUUUGCACGCGGGACAGCAAGGGCCGCCCGGUUUCGGUGCAAAUCACCACCGACUUGAAGCCAGAUCUUCCUGGUGAGGCUGAGAGGAUCCUGAUCUGCAAGGGGAGAAUUUUCGCCAUGGACGAUGAGCCCGACGUGCCUAGGCUGUGGUUGCCGGACCAGGACGCGCCAGGCCUCGCCAUGGCGAGGGCUUUCGGAGACUUCUGCCUCAAGAACCAUGGGCUCAUCUGCACACCCGAAGUGUACUACAGGAAGCUCUCUGAAAAGGAUGACUUCUUGGUGCUCGCCACUGAUGGGAUAUGGGACGUGCUGUCCAACAAGGAGGUGGUCAAGAUCGUCUCGUCGGUCUCCGACCGCUCAAAGGCGGCAAAGCAGCUCGUGGACCGGGCGGUUCGUGCGUGGCGCCGGAAGUUCCCGACGUCGAUGGUCGAUGAUUGCGCGGCCGUCUGCCUCUUCCUGAAGCCAGCAGCCAUUUCAUCUGAAGAAGGCAGCACGACCAAGCCGCCUCAGACACCCGUGCUGUCGUUCACCGGAAGUUUCCGCAAGGCUCUGGGCGGCGGUGAGGCGGAGGAGGGGACGGCGGUGUGGAGGGCGCUGGAGGGGGUGGCUCGGGUGAACUCGGUGAUCCGGCUUCCCAGGAUGCUGAGCCGGCGGUGGCGGUCGGCGUCCAUGGAUGAGAACAACGACCAAGAAUCAUCCAAGGGUGUUGAGAGUGGACAUUAA